GUUGGAGUAAGAGGGAAGGACAUUGUAGUUCUUGGUGUGGAAAAGAAGUCUGUGGCCAAACUUCAGGAUGAAAGAACGGUGCGGAAGAUCUGCGCGCUGGACGACAACGUCUGCAUGGCUUUUGCAGGGCUGACAGCUGAUGCCAGAAUAGUUAUAAACAGAGCUCGUGUGGAGUGCCAGAGCCACAGGCUCACGGUGGAGGAUCCUGUCACCGUGGAGUACAUCACGCGGUACAUUGCUAGCCUGAAACAGAGAUACACGCAGAGCAACGGCCGCAGACCCUUUGGUAUCUCCGCUCUUAUCGUGGGAUUUGACUUCGAUGGGACCCCACAGCUGUAUCAGACCGACCCCUCUGGCACCUACCACGCUUGGAAGGCUAAUGCCAUUGGCAGAGGGGCCAAAUCAGUGCGUGAGUUCCUGGAGAAGAACUACACUGAUGAAGCCAUUGAAACAGAUGAUCUCACUAUUAAACUUGUCAUCAAGGCUCUUCUCGAGGUGGUGCAGUCCGGGGGGAAGAACAUUGAGCUGGCGGUGAUGAGGCGGGAGCAGCCGCUGAAGAUCCUAAACCCUGAAGAAAUUGAGAAGUAUGUUGCUGAAAUUGAAAAAGAGAAGGAAGAAAAUGAAAAGAAAAAGCAGAAGAAAACAUCAUGAUGAAUGAAAUUCAACUUUGGCCGCUGCUUUUUAAACCAAGCGAUGGGUUACUCUGUAUAGACAAUGUGUAGGCAUUCCACUCACUCCUGCUGUGCCCCUCUCCAGACCUACAAUAAACCUACUGGUUGGUUGGUUUGUUUUUUUUAAAGCGGUUAUUU